GGUGGCACCCGUUUCCUCCUGCGCCAGAAGCCACGUGUGACGGCUGACGAGACGGCCACAAGGCACCCCCGGUGGACUACACGCAGACGCAGCUUGCAUCAUGUGGCUCUUGCUGACGACACUUGGGGCGGCGUGCUUGACGGCCCAGGCGCAGCAGGGUGACAGCCUGGCCGGUAAGUUUCACGUCCGCCUGCCCCCGCCACAGCCUCUGCCGCCGCAGAAGGACUUGGCCUACCUGGGCGAAGACCCUUCAGCUUAUUUUGGGGGUGACCCAAAAACAGGCCCCGAGGGAGGUGUACCACUGGGCGAGUGCGUUUGCGUCCCCUACUACCAAUGCAAGGAAGGCAAGGUCUCCGAGGAUGGUGGCGGCUUGUUGGAUGCACGCCGCAAGCUACCUCCUAAAGAAGAGAUUCCUCUAGAUGGGCUCGGAGACCAAAACCAGCAGUGCCCUGGCGUAGACCAGGUCUGCUGUGCGGAGCCGUCGGCCGUCACGGAAACGCCGUAUGUGGCCUCUUGCGGCAUCCGUAACGACAACGGCAUCAACAGCCGUAUUCUCACAAAGGACGGGAAAGGCGAGGCCGAGUUUGGAGAGUGGCCAUGGCAGGCUGCUGUUCUCAAGUACGAGAGUGAAAUCCUGAAGUUCGAGUGCGGGGGCACCCUGAUCGCCAGCCGUUAUGUCCUCACUGUUGCUCACUGCGUCGCCCGGUUUAAUGGCGCCGACCGCGUUCCCCUGAAGGUACGCCUGGGUGAGUGGGACACGCAGUCAAUGAAAGAGUUCUACCCGCACGAGGACUAUGACGUGGGCAACAUCUACAUCCACCAGUACUUCCGAAACAACUCUCUCUGGAACGAUAUCGCACUCCUUGAGCUCACUCGACCGGUCACUUUUGCACCACAUAUCUCUCCCAUUUGCCUGCCCAAGCUCGAAGACGUCUUCGAGGGCACCUCUUGCGUCGUCACCGGAUGGGGAAAGGACGCUUACCGCACGGGGAAGUUCGCGAACAUCAUGAAGGAGGUGACUGUGCCUGUGAUUGACAACCCGAUGUGCCAAAACCUCCUACGCCAGACGAGGCUGGGCCGCUAUUUCCGUCUUCAUGAAGGGUUCAUCUGCGCCGGCACAGAGGAUGGUGUUGACUCCUGCAAGGGUGAUGGUGGUGGACCCUUGUCGUGCUACACUCCAGAUGGCCGCUACCACUUGGCUGGCCUAGUCGCCUGGGGCAUAGACUGCGGCACACCGGAUGUUCCUGGCGUGUACGUGCGCGUUGCCAAGUACCUUGACUGGAUCUCCGAGGUUACUCGCCUCCCCAUCUCUGAAUUUUACCCCAAGUGAUCGAUCACAAAGCAGGCAUUUCUCUCUUUUUCUGACGCCUCUGUUUUUAGCCGCACUGCUGGCUCUUUUAUCCUAACUUUACCCACCUAUGUGAGGCCCGCGAUCAUCACGGGCGCAUUGUCAGUACAGUCUUGUACAUAAUUUUAAUAAACUGAGCACCUUUGUGUUUUAAA